AUGUGGAAAGUCCGGGAGCUGGUGGAUAAAGCCACCAAUGUGGUGAUGAACUAUUCUGAAAUCGAGUCAAAAGUACGGGAGGCGACCAACGAUGACCCCUGGGGACCCUCUGGGCAGCUGAUGGGAGAAAUAGCAAAAUCUACCUUUAUGUACGAACAGUUUCCUGAAGUCAUGAACAUGCUCUGGUCCCGAAUGCUCAAGGACAAUAAGAAGAACUGGAGACGAGUUUACAAGGCUUUGCUGCUGUUAGCCUAUUUAAUCCGGAAUGGCUCAGAGAGAGUCGUGACCAGUUCCAGAGAACACAUCUAUGACCUGCGCUCUCUAGAAAACUACAACUUUUUUGACGAGAGCGGAAAGGACCAGGGUAUUAACGUGCGGCAGAAGGUGAAGGAGAUGGUGGAGUUCAUUCAGGAUGACGACCGGCUUCGAGAAGAGCGGAAGAAAGCCAAGAAGAAUAAAGACAAGUACAUCGGCGUCUCCUCGGACAGUAUGGGCGGCGGAGGCAACAGCUUCAAGAACUCCACGGAGCUGGACCGCACAAAGUGGGACGAGGACUGGGACAAAGGCAAAGGCGGGUUUCCCUUCAGCGAGAAGCUCGGCGAGAUCAGUGACAAGAUUGGCAGCACCAUCGACGACACAAUCAACAAGUUCAGAAAGAAGGAACGAGACGACUCUCCAGACAGAAUUAGUGACAACGAGGAGGACAGAGCUUCAAGAAACGGGCGACAAGACACUCUGGAGUUUAAAGACGAAGAAGAAACCGUGACUACAAAAAGCAUCCAGAUCACACAAGCCACAGAGACCACCACCACCACCACACGGAAACGCAGCGGGGGGUCUAGCAACAAGAGCCUGGACCUGGGGGCAGCUGCGACCUACACCGGGGAGAGGAGCCCUGAGGAGAAGUCUUCAGGAAAACCGUUGUCCAGUAGUUGUCUCGCCGACUUGUUGGAGAUCGACCCUUCCUCCAGGAGCAGCACAGUUACAGGUCAAGACCUCAUCGGUGGCUUUGCAGAUUUCUCCUCUCCUGCAGCCUCCGCCAGCCUUCCAACCUCCACAGCUGCUUCUGCCUCCACUGGAACUGCAGAUUUUGGAGAGUGGAGUGCCUUCUCUAAUCCCCCCACGUCAAGUUGCGGACCCGUGCAAACCGGCUCAGACCUGUUUGGCUCUGCUACGUCCACUCCAGCCCAGUCCGCCAGCUCCGUCCCCCCGUCUGCUGAGCUCUUUGACCUGAUGAGUGGACUCAGCAACGCAGUGCAGACGCCUCACGCCACCCUGAGCGCGUCCCAGAGCCUCACCUUCUCUCUGGGGGGAGCAGCAGCCGGAGCCUUGCCCAACAUGCACCUGUCCCGCUCCCAGCAGAGUUUAGGGAGCAUGAUGCCGCAGCAGACAAUGGGACAGCAGCAGACAGUCUGUGGUCCAGGAGCUUUGGGUUCAACCUGGUCCGAUCCCUCAGUCAACAUCAGCCUGGACUUUUUAUCAGCUGGUCUCAACCCCAACAAGACUCCGCCCACUCUCAACAACAUCAUGCAAGGCGUACCUCAUGUGAACCUUUUGGCCCAGAACUUUGGAGGACUGAACCUCAGCUCUCCUCCUCACACGACGCCCAUCCGACCAGCGGCCAACGCCAUGCUGUCCGGCAACUCUCUGGGCUUCGGAAUGCCCGCCUCUGCUCCUAUGCCGACCGGGAUGCCUGGAACCAUGACCUCGGGCUCCGCGGCGAUGCCUGGGAUCUCCGUGAACCAGGGCAUGAUGGGAAUGAACAUGAACAUGAAUCUGGGAGUGGGCGCCCCGGUGAUGAUGGGCGUUCCCCCAAUGGGCCUAUCACACUCCAUGACUCCAGCCAUGGUCUCACCCAAACAAGAUGCCUUUGCUAACUUUGGCAACUUUGGAAAAUAA